GGCUACUUGUCGUAUCGGAGCGAUUCCGAUUCCCGGUACAAGAUCCGGGUAUUUAUUACCAACUCCCGCUGAAGCUCCCUCCGUUUUCUUGUUGAUCGCGCUUCUCGUCAGAGAGGGAGAGCGAGGGAGAGAUGAUGAGUGGCAGGGAGGCCGCGCCUCCUCUUCCUUUGAGCUCACCGUCGAAGGAGGAGAAAAGGAAGGAUACGGAACGUAGAAGGAGAACGCAGUCUUCUCUGAGGAGGCGGGAGCGAUGGAUCGUAGCGCUCGGGAUCGCCCUACAUGCCGUCUACAUGCUGAGCAUUUUCGACAUCUACUUUAAGAGCCCUAUCGUCCAUGGCAUGGACCCCGUUCCACCGCGAAUUCGCGCUCCGGCCAAGCGGCUCGUCCUCUUAAUAGCGGAUGGUUUGCGUGCAGACAAGUUCUUUGAGCCAGAUGCUGAUGGGUUGUAUAGAGCACCAUUUCUUAGAAACAUAAUGACAACAAGAGGACGCUGGGGAAUAUCUCAUGCUCGACCACCAACAGAGUCAAGGCCUGGUCAUGUUGCCAUAAUUGCUGGUUUUUAUGAGGAUCCUAGUGCUGUUACAAAAGGCUGGAAAGCAAAUCCUGUUGAAUUUGAUUCACUUUUCAAUAGGAGCAAGCAUACUUUUGCCUUUGGAAGUCCAGAUAUUAUUCCAAUAUUUUGUGCAGCAUUGCCACAUAGUACCUGGAAGUCCUAUCCUCAUGAAUUUGAGGACUUUGCAUCUGAUGCUUCUUUUCUGGAUGAGUGGUCAUUUGAUCAAUUUCGUGCACUUUUAAACAGAUCCAAUGAUGAUCCAAAUAUCAAGCAAUUAUUGCAUCAGGAUAAUGUAGUCAUUUUUCUUCAUCUUCUUGGUUGUGACACAAAUGGUCAUGCGCAUAAGCCCUACUCCUCCAUCUAUCUAAACAAUGUUAAGGUGGUUGAUGAUAUUGCUAGAAGAACAUAUGAUCUUGUUGAGAAUUAUUUCAAGGACAAUGCAACAGCUUACAUUUUCACAGCUGAUCAUGGGAUGAGUGAUAAAGGGAGUCAUGGCGAUGGCCAUCCUUCAAACACAGAGACCCCAUUGGUAGCUUGGGGAGCUGGGGUACAGAAUCCUAAGCAAUCAUAUCAGAAGCAUGCUGAAGAUGAUGGCUUUCGUUUUGUUGAUGAACAUACACAUGAUAUGCCUACUCCAGCAGAGUGGGGACUUGGAAACUUGGAGAGGGUGGAUGUAAACCAGGCUGAUAUAGCACCUCUAAUGUCUAGCCUUAUUGGUUUGCCAUGUUCUCUGAACUCUGUUGGGAAUUUACCCUUAGGUUUCAUUAACCUGACUGAGGCUGAAGAAGUAGAAGCCGUCCUUGCCAAUGCAAAGCAAGUUCUCCAUCAGUUCCUCCGCAAGUCACAAUUAAAGAAGUUGCAUUCUUUGAAGUUUAAACCAUUUGAACCUCUAGAAAAUUUUGCUGAUGUUCUCAAUCAAGUGGAAGACCUUAUAUCUUUGAGAAAUUAUAAGGAUGCUUUGCAGUUGGCACAAAAUCUUCGGGCACUUUCUUUGGCUGGACUUCAUUAUUUUCAAACUUAUGACUGGUUGAAGCUGAUGUCAGUCAUCACUCUUGGAUAUAUUGGGUGGAUGGUCUAUAUUGUUCUUCAUGUUCUUAGAUUUUACACCCAUCUUCCUGACAUGUUCACUAAGAGGGAUAAAAUUGCGGCUGCCUUAACCAACAAUAAAAUGGUAUAUGCUUGUGGAGGCCUUUUCAUGGGAAUUGCAUCUUUUCUCCUGAUUUUGGAGAAAGCACCUAUUCUGUAUCAUGUUUACCUUGCCAUGACAGUCUUCUUGUGGACACAAAUAUUUGCAGAUAUACAGUUUGUAAAAGAUGCAAUAAGCUUUCUCAUGUUGAAGAAAUCUGAUUUAAUUAAGAGACUCUGUGCAUAUGGCGUUGUUUCACUUUUCAUCCUUGAGUUCCUGGUGGCUAGUUUUCAUGAAAGACAACUAUACACCGGGUUCUUCCUGGUAGCAGGAGUGAUGGCUGCAUAUUCUAACUUUCAUUCAGUGCCUGGCAAGUCUAUGGCACCUGUUUUUAUCUUAAUAGCAUGUUGGUUUCUGUCCAGUUUUACUAUGAUGCCAGCAGAAAUUCCUCACAACACAGAGCUUGUUGUAGCAAGUGGAGGUAUUGUCAUUCUAAUCAGCAUUUGGUCCCGAUGGUUUGAUAUGAAUACUCAGAGACAGCAGUCUUGGCAAAGCACCAUCUGUUGUGAUAGCCAACAAAUUAUAGGGUCCCAGAAGCUGUUUUACCUUCAGGUAUUCACAGUUGCGCUUGCAUCAGGGAUGGUAUCAUUGACAACUUCCCAUAGAACAAAUAAGCAGGAACUGCCAACAAGCUACCAAUUGAUAAAUUGGAUUUUAGCUGGGCUAUCAUUGGCACUUCCCUUACUUUCCCCAAAGCGGUUGCUAGCUCGCCUUUCUUCUGUCUUUCUUGGUUUUGCUCCUUCCUUCCUACUUCUGUCAAUAGGGUAUGAAGCUGUAUUUUAUAGUGCUUUUGCACUUACUCUUAUGGCAUGGGUACUGACAGAAUGUGCUGGUCAACACUUUGCUGUUCCAAAACAAGAAUCUCUCCAUGUUGAACGAACAGAAAAUACUGUUUUUCAUGACAAUGAUGAGAGGCCCUUGUGUUUGGCAGACCUGAGAGUUCCAUUGUCCUUUUUAGUUCUGUUCAAUGUUGCUUUUUUCGGUACGGGUAAUUUUGCUAGCAUAGCUAGCUUUGAGAUUUCAUCCGUCUACAGGUUCAUCACAGUAUUCAAUCCCUUUUUGAUGUCAGCCUUACUGAUUUUUAAGUUAUUUAUCCCAUUCAUGCUUGUCAUAUGUGUCUUCAGUGCAAUAUCCAAGUUACUCAAAGUUUCACGAAUGGGGUGCUAUUUCAUGGUGAUUUUAUUAUCUGACGUUAUGACCAUCCAUUUCUUUUUCCUGGUCCGCAAUACAGGAAGCUGGAUGGAAAUUGGUAACAGUAUCAGUCACUUCGGAAUCGUGAGUGCGCAGGUUGUAUUUGUGCUAUUGCUUUUUGCUCUCACUAAUAUUUACACGAAAGAUAUCCAAGUUGGACCAUCUCGUCCGUCCUUGAAGGCAAUGUAAUUCGAGCUGCGGUUUGGUUAUGAAGCGUUGCCUGAGGGUUCGAAUGGGCUAGCUUGAUGGCGAGGUUGCAAUUUUGUAAUUGAAGGUCUUGAAUUCAAAUUCGUAAAAGUCAAUUCUUGCCUUGCCUGCAUGAGGAAACGAAAAGCACUUGUCUCUGUGCUCUGCUUUUGGCUUGAUAUUACCAUGCCACGAUUUUGAGAUGUUCAGUAUUUGGAUCGGCGUUCUAUUAUUUCUUGGGCAUGCUGGACAUGCACAUUCUUUGUUGUGCCAUAUAGUGUGGUGUAUCAAGAAGUCUUAGAUAUCGUUUCACAACCGUUCUGGUUCCUGCAAAUUGAAAUGAUUCUCUUGGCUGACAGGUUCUUUUUAA